AUGGCAAAUGAUUAUUAUAAAAACAAUUAUGAAGUUAUUGGUGGAUAUUUAUCACCAGUAGGUGAUGCAUACAAUAAAAAAACAUUAAUUGAGGCCUUUCAUAGAUUGAAGAUGGUUGAUUUAGCUUUAGAGGAUUCUGAUUGGAUUAUGGCGGACCCAUUUGAGUCAUCAAAAAAUGAAUUUACACCAACAAGACAAGCAUUGGAUCAUUUUAAGCAAUGUACCAUCGAUCAUUUUAAAUCAAAAAAUAUAGAUUGCUCAGACUUAGCAGUUAAAUUGGUUUGUGGUGCUGAUUUAUUAGGUUCAUUUAAUAUCCCAAAACUUUGGGCUGAUAGUGAUAUGGAUUUAUUAUCGUCAAAAGACCAUUAUGGAAUUGCAGUUUUAGAAAGAACAGGUACAGAUUUAGAAGGUAUAAUAGCAGUCAAUCCAAUAUUAACAAAAAAUAGAGAGGGUCUUGACUUUAUACCAGUGGAUAUUUCAAAUGAUGUUUCAUCAACUAGAAUUAGAGAAAAAAUAAGAAAUGGCGGUUCAAUCAAGUAUUUAAUUCCAGAUAAAGUUAUUGAUUAUAUUUAUAAAAACAAUAUUUAUAAAAACGAAAUUCCAGAUUUUAGAAAAUAA